AUGUUGAACUUACGAAUAUCAACUGCGACAUUUCGCACGAGUUUGCGCAAUGUUUCGAGAAGGAAUUGCUUCUCUAGAUAUAGAGGGUUGCUGACUUUGGCUGUCGAAACUUCUUGCGAUGAUACUUCAGUAGCAAUCGUCGAAAAGAACCCGAAUAACAUCCCUGGAGCCGCGAAAGUACACUUCCUCGAAAAUGUCACCGCUGAUUCACGAGAAUACCGUGGCAUCCACCCGAUCCUAGCACUAGAAUCGCACCAAGAGAAUCUCGCAAAGCUCGUCGGAAAAGCACUCUCGCAUUUACCGGAGGCAGAAAAUAUCAAUGGCAACACCGGAGGCAAUGUAUCACGACAGGUAGUCUUGGCCGAUGGGUCGAGUCCGCGCCGGAAGCCGGAUUUCAUAUCCGCCACCAGAGGACCGGGAAUGCGCUCCAACUUGUCCACCGGGUUGGAUACGGGAAAGGCGCUUUCGGUUGCAUGGCAGAUACCGUUUGUCGGGGUACAUCAUAUGCAAGCGCACCUUUUGACGCCGCGACUGGUUUCUACUCUGGAUCGGAAUAGCAAACCCGCCAGUACCACGACUACUGAAACCACUCCAGAAUUCCCCUUUCUCUCUAUCCUUGUUUCCGGCGGUCAUUCGAUCCUAGUGAAGUCGACAACUAUCACAGAACACGAGGUCAUGGCCUCUAGCACAGAUAUCGCCAUUGGCGAAUCCCUUGACAAAGCAGCCCGGGAAAUCAUUCCCAGCUCCCUACUUCAAAAAUCAAAGACUACGAUGUACGGCAAGGCGCUGGAGCAAUUUGCAUUUCCGAAUGGAGCCUCAGAUUACGCCGACUACCGACCACCAAUGACCCGUGGCGAGGAGGUGGUCAAACGUGAAAGCCCGUGGGGCUGGAGUAUUACCACUCCAUUCGCCAACACGCGGCAUCUGCAGUUCAGCUUCUCGUCUAUCGCGAGCGCGGUUGGAAAGCUCCUUUCUUUGAAAGAAAAGACCGGGGAAGUCAUGUUCGACGACGAGCGUAUCGCAUUGGCUCGAGAAGCGAUGCGAGUUUGCUUCGAGCAUCUCGCGUCCCGCACAAUCAUCGCCCUCGAAGCCCUUAAACCGAAAACAGGUAAUUCCAACGAAGAAGUCAAAACACUAGUCGUCAGCGGCGGCGUUGCCGCGAACAAGUUCCUUAUGACGGUUCUCCGUUCAUUCCUCGACGUUCGUGGAUUCGAACAUGUUAAUAUCCUCGCUCCCCCGCCGUAUCUGUGCACAGACAACGCGGCGAUGAUCGGGUGGGCUGGAAUUGAGAUGUUCGAGGCGGGAUGGUGUUCUGAUCUUAGCGUUCGCGCUUUGAGGAAGUGGACCCUUGACCCGCGUGCUGAUGAUGGUGGAGUUCUGGGUCCGAGUGGGUGGAGGAAGUGUUGA